AUGUUGAAUCGCACAAAGUGCGAUGGCAAGGUGCCGGCGUGCACCCGCUGCGUCGAUGCCCAUGUUGACUGCGUGGGCUUCGACUCGUCGACCCAGAGAGAAGCCCCGCGAUCAAUAGCAGGCUUUCUGGAGAUGCAUAUAGCAAAUCUCACCAAUGCCGGCAGCCCGACAGCCUUCCGGACGCCUGGACGGCCCAGUGUUGCCUUUCCUUCUCCAGCUGCUUCUCACGACUCUGAAUCCAAUCCUGGCUGCAGCGCCGGCAAAUGCUCCCGCGCGGACAGCCUCGUCGAUCUUGCUAUGCAAGACAUCACUCCCAAAUUCCUCGGUGUCACCCAAAAGCGACCUUUCCUCAGUUGUGUCGUCAAGGGGACUCAGCUUCCCUCCCGGAGAGGGCCGGUAGGCUCAACGGACUUGGACGAGAACCAUCCACGGUCCAUCAUGAACCCGCAGACUAACACAAACUGCUUGGAGAGCAUUGCAUGGAAGACUGCGAGCGGCUUGUUCAACAACUACUUGGACCGAGUCAUUACUCAGUAUCCCAUCUACCACCGGAAUCAUGUCACAGCUGCGUUCAAUGCCGUGUACGUUCCCAUGUCAAGUCCACGCCAAGCGACGUCGCGAGAUCGCUACAUUGUCAGCAUCAUCAUGGCCAUCUCGCUAUCAACAGCCGCACGCACCAAGCAAGAAAAAGCAAACGCCCUAGCCUCGCUCAUUGUGCGACAAGCAAUGCAAUACAUUCCAGACGUGGCGACCAACGACGUACCUGGGCUCCAAGCUAUACUACUCUUGACGCAAUACAUCUUCCUUAAUCCCAGUAUGGCAGACGUUUGGUUAUUGACAGGCCUCAUCAGUCAAGCCGUCAUCGAUCUCGGACUUCAUCAAGAACUCCCCAAUGAUGCCAGCAUAUCAGCUUACCAACGUGACAUGAGGAGACGUUUAUUCUGGUGCGCUUGGGAAAUGGAGGUUGGAGUUUGCUGCAUCUUUCAAUACCCUUUCACCUUGCCGAUACAACGAAUCAACGUAGAAUUCCCGGUAGAAGUAGAUGACACUUCUAUCACGCAGGCAGGAAUAGAUCACUCUGGACGCAUCUCGAAGUUCACGUCCAAGCGAAUAUGUCUGUUCCGGCUUCUCGAGGCUGAGAUUACCUCGAUAAUGUGGCAUGGCCAGCCACUACCGCAAGAAUACCCCUCUAUGGAGCACUGGAAGCAGAGUUGUAUGCAAAGAAUUGAGAAAUGGAAGACAGAGAUAUACGAAGCAGCCGCCGCCAAUCGGGAUCCGAGUUUCGUGGAACGCUGGAAAGAGAUGACGUUGUACUCCGAGAUCACAGUCCCAUACGUCGCGGUAGCGGUCUACCGCCAAACUAAGGCUGUUCCUUCGCCCCCGCCCGAUCAGCUUCUUGUUGCCUUUCACAACACAGUUCUGGUUGCGAAUGGAUAUUGCCAACAAAAUGACGCCGAUUACGGGAGGAUCAAAUACGUGUUCCACCCUUGUCACCACGUGUUCAACUGUGCUACAGUUUUCCUCCGUAUUCUAAGCCUCUGUCCACACCAAAUAUCCGAGAGAUAUCCUUUGGAGGUGAUCGAGGAUUACACCAUACGGUUUGCGACAUGCUUCCGCAACAUCUCUGAACGAUGGCCCGCAGCAAGACGUUGUUUGGAGGAAUACGAACGUCUAUUGGUGCCUGUCAAGCAGGGCUAUCAAGAAUUCCUAGCCCAGAAAGCGAUGCAAGCGCGAAUGUCAGAGACACCAGUAGAGAUAAUACACAACAGCUAUCUUGCAGAACGGGUUGACGAAAACGUAAAUUCCUGGUCGAUAUUCAAUCCUACCGCAGCAUCGAGCAUGUCCGAUCCUCUCAGCGCGACUUCUUACAACGCACCGUAUGAUUGGCGUGCAGAGUUCGACCUUGACUUUGGUCGGGAAUCCGGAACGAUCCACGAUAUCGAGCCGCAGUUCGCUCCUCCAUCGGCACUGUAG